CGAUGGUUUUCUGACUUCUGCUACGAAUGUACAUGACAGAUGUACGACUAGUGAUAAUUUAAUCAGCAUGGCACCCAUAGGACCAACACCGAAGAAAGAUAAACCUAGAACGCAGUUUCACUCACCAAUACCUGAUCCAGCCGUCGAACCAAUACAAACUACUGCAAUUGUAAUUAUUCAUCCUGGCUCUGCUAACUUGAGACUUGGACGUGCAUCAGACUCAGUGCCUGUAUGUAUUCCACAUAUUAUUGCUAAAAGACACAAAACAACCGGACAACCUGUACACGAAGAUUACACCGUACUUCGUUAUGAAACCAAUCAUGCAGAGUGUGAACAGCAGAUGGAUCAAGGGCUGCGUAAAAUUGAACGUGAAGUUUGGUCUCUGGGAUUAUCCACUGGACAGAGGAGAAUAACAACAUCACCAGAACAGGUUUCUGUGUACAACAGUACUGUGAUCCCACAACAACUAGAUGAUAAUUCUGGAUUGAAAUGGACAGACACUCAACAUCUGCCGGAAUAUGUAGUGGGAGAAGAGGCAUUGUAUAUAAGUCCACAGGACUGCUAUAAUUUUCACAGACCAUUCAGAUGUGGUGGGUUAAAUUUACAUCAAGGUAUCGGAGGCUCCCUGACUUCUGUGAUACAGGAUCUACAAAUAAUAUGGAGUUCAGCAAUUGAGAAUCAACUAGAAAUUCCAGUUAAAGAUCUCAAGCAUUACAGAGCAGUGUUGUUGAUUCCUGAUAUCUAUAACAGACCUCACGUCAAAGAGUUGAUGAGUUUAUUGUUGAACAGACUAGGGUUUGGUGCAGCUAUUGUUAUACAGGAGUCUGUGUGUGCCACCUUUGGUAGUGGUGUUCAGAGUGCCUGUGUAGUGGAUAUCGGUGAUCAAAAGACUAGCAUAUCAUGUGUAGAAGAUGGUCUCUCACAUAGGAAUACCAGAUUACGACUUUCAUUUGGUGGGAGUGACAUUACCAGAUGUUUUGCUUGGUUGUUAAGUAGAGUGUAUUUCCCCUAUAAGGAGUGUGAUUUGGCCAGUAGAAUGGACUCCCUACUCAUGCAGGAGUUGAAGGAGAGUUUCUGCCACUUAGAACCGGAUAUUUAUGGUCCACAGUUACAUGAGUUUCAUAUUCGACAGCCACACAGACCAACAGUGUUGUACCAGAUCAAACUAGGAGAUGAAGGGAUACAGGCGCCGAUGUCAAUUUUCAAUCCACAAGUGUUUGGCUUGGCUGGUAAGAAUCUCUUUCACACACAGCAGAGGAAUAUAGGAGAUUCUGAAGAUCCCCACGAUGAGACAUAUCUACUGCAGACACAGAGUAGAGAAUCUGUCAAGUCGAAGUCGGCCAAUGCUGAGGAUAAAAAUAAAGAUGGCGGUGCAAAUCCAGAUGAAGUUAAAGUCAAGACCGAGAAUGCAGCGGAGGAGAAAGAGAGUGAGGAACCUGAGCUGCUGCAACCAUUAAGUAUGUCUUCAAGGAUGGCUACGUCAGAGUUUGCUGACCGAGUACCUGGGUUGGAUGAAGCUAUUCUGCACAGUAUUAGUUGUUGUUCAUCCGAUGAAACGAAGAAGAAGAUGUAUGGUACAAUCCUUGUGAUUGGUGGUGGAUUACAGUUUCAAGGUGCCCAGGAAAUGCUUCAUAGAAAGAUACUAAAAGGAAUACCAGAAAAGUUUCGAAGUCAAGUAGAAUCAGUUGAUGUUAUAUGUAAAGCAAAGGAACUGGACUCCAAAAUGACAUGCUGGAAAGGUGGCGCUGUUUUGUGUUGCCUGGAUACAAGCCAAGAGCUUUGGAUCAGGCAGAGGGAGUGGCAACAUUAUGGCCUGAAAGUACUGAGAGAAAGAUCACCAUUUGUGUGGUGAAAAAAAUAAGACAUUGGAGGGCAUGCUUGAUUCCAAAUGUGAUGUACACAUUGAUGAUCUUAGGAUCUGACUGAAAGCUGAUCACUAGAUAUAAAGAGUACAUGGCCAUUACAUACUGAAGUGAUGAAGACAACUUCCUGCAUUGCACACCACUAGUACUCAUUCACAUAUUGUCAACUGGAUGGUAGCUGGGACAUUUCCACGCCUUAUUUAAAUACUGUGGUGAAAACAAGAACUUGGGCUACAGAAACUAAACUUAACUUACAGGAAGAAAACAAAGAAAGUCUGGUUAAAGCAUUACAUGCUAAGUGUAAUGUCAGAUAUUCUGGCAAAAACAGGACUUAAAGCAAACAAUAGCAGUGAUUUGUUUUUAAAUAUAACCAAAUCUUACCGAAAUACUGUUUUAGAAACAAUUGCAUGAGCAAAGUGACCCUACACAAGGGCCAGUAGUUGGAAAUGGUCACAUGAUCACACUACAGUGAGAGACCAUCUUGACUUGUUUGACAUUUCGCCCAGGACACUAUUUGUAUUUCAGGGGCAAAAACCGGUCUUUGUGGCUUUCUCAAUGACAUACUAAAUUGUCUAGUCGGU